GGGGCGGGCUCAGGGAGUCGGGGCGAGUCCGAGCUCGUCACCCCCUCGUGCUGCGGUGGUCGCUCGCGUCCCGCCGGCCUGCUCCGUGUCGCCGUGCACUGCUGCGGCCGCCGCGGAACCAUGGCUGUGCUCGUCGUGCUCUUGUCCUUCUUGGUGGCGGGUGUCUUAGGGAACGAGUUUAGUAUAUUAAGAUCACCAGGGUCUGUUGUUUUCCGGGAUGGAAAUUGGCCCAUACCAGGAGAGCGAAUCCCAGACGUGGCUGCAUUGUCCAUGGGCUUCUCUGUGAAAGAAGACCUUUCUUGGCCGGGACUCGCAGUGGGUAACCUAUUCCACCGUCCUCGGGCUACCGUUAUGGUGAUGGUGAAGGGAGUGGACAAGCUUGCUCUACCUCCAGGCAGUGUCAUUUCGUACCCUUUGGAAAAUGCAGUUCCUUUUAGUCUUGACAGCGUUGCAAAUUCCAUUCACUCCUUAUUUUCUGAAGAAACUCCUGUAGUUUUACAGUUGGCUCCCAGUGAGGAAAGAGUGUACAUGGUGGGGAAGGCAAACUCAGUUUUUGAAGAUCUCUCAGUAACGCUAAGACAGCUCCGUAAUCGACUGUUUCAAGAAAACUCUGUUCUCAGUUCACUUCCCCUCAAUUCUCUGAGUAGGAACAAUGAAGUUGAUCUGCUUUUUCUUUCUGAACUGCAAGUGCUACAUGAUAUUUCAAGUUUGUUGUCUCGACAUAAGCAUCUAGCCAAGGAUCAUUCUCCUGAUUUAUACUCACUGGAGCUGGCAGGUUUGGACGAAAUUGGGAAACGUUACGGGGAAGACUCUGAACAAUUUAGAGAUGCUUCUAAGAUCCUUGUUGAUGCUCUACAAAAGUUUGCAGAUGACAUGUACAAUCUCUACGGUGGGAACGCAGUGGUAGAGUUAGUGACUGUCAGAUCGUUCGACACAUCCCUUGCGAGGAAGACUAGGACUAUCCUUGAGGCAAAACAAGCGAAGGACCCAUCAAGUACCUAUAACCUCGCAUAUAAGUAUAAUUUUGAAUAUCCAGUGGUUUUCAACAUGAUACUUUGGAUAAUGAUCGCCUUGGCCUUGGCUGUGAUUAUUACCUCUUACAAUAUUUGGAACAUGGAUCCUGGAUAUGAUAGCAUCAUUUAUAGGAUGACAAACCAGAAGAUUCGAAUGGAUUGAACUUUCCUUAUGCCAACUUAGAAAAGGGGUUUGGAAAAAUCAGCUGUUUGGAAAUCGGCUAUAUCUUUUAGUGUAAAGUAGAUAGUAUGAAUUUAUAAAAAAGCAGGUUGUGUUCUCUAUUUUGUGUGCUUCUCUAUUUUGUGUGCCUGUGAUGUUCUUUAUAGUAUUGAUGUGAGUUGAUUUGUGAUAUAGGUUCCAUAAUAUGCUCAAUAGGUUCCAUAAUAUGCUCAAUACUAUGAUUGAUAUAACCAUUUAAUAUUUGGAAACAUGCACUAAAUGUAAAACA